GAGCUCUGCGUUAGGCACAGCGUCGGCGUAGAAGUUCGUCGACUCGCAGCGUAGCAACAGCUUCGGCAGUCACCUUUUCUUUGUUUCCCAAGUGUCCAGUGUGCAAAAACAACCCACAACAAAGAGUACAAUCGCAGUCGCCAACUAGCGAUAAGCAUCCGGAAACUGGGCCAGCUCCUCACUCUUUGUUCGUCGCGUCGCACAAUGGCGAUCUGAUUCCGCAUCCGAUCUGCUGUUUGCUCGUGUGUUGAUUGGGGGUGGAUUGCGUGCAGCGGGAGAGAAGAUGAAGAGCAGGAGCAACAAGGGUAGGGGCCGGCCUGGCCCGGAUGCUGUCAUCAAGCAGCACAUCUUCGAGCUGGAGCGCAGCCUCAAGCUCGAGCAGAAGUUCAUGGCGAACGCCAGCGCCGUCGAGCAGGCCACCGGUGAGGACGCCUUCGUCGGCAGGGAUGUCGCUGCGAGGAAGUUGCGUUUCCUCAAGACGUGGUUCGAGCUGCCGAGCGAGGCGUUCAUCACAUGCUUGAAUCUUCUGGAUAGAUUUCUCACCAAACUCAAGGUGAAGUCAGCCCACUUGGACUGUGCAGCAAUCAGCUGUUUCCACAUCGCCGCAGGCCUGCACAAAAAAAUAAUCAACGCUGCAGACCUGGUGACCAUCUCGCAGGUGAAGUGCACCGUCAGCGACCUGGAGCGCAUGAGUGACAUCGUGCGCAACAAGCUAGGCCUCACCGAUGGUGAAAAGCCCGUCACCGCCGUCCAUUACGUCGAACAUUUCGUGAAGAUCCUCGAAUGUGAAGCGAGGCAGCAGAGUUUCAAGGCCAACAUUCUACAGAGAAAGAGUUUGCUUACUCGUCUAGAGGUGGUCAUGUUAGAUUCGCGCUGUGUUGCGAUUCGACCAAGUGCAGUGGCGUUGGCCCUUGUUCAAGCCGAAAUGGGGCGACUUCUGCAACCUGACGGACCUAAAUCACCGUACUAUUCUGUUGAAUUCGUCAAACAACUAUGGCUGUAUACCUGCAAACUUCAAAACAUAUGCAUGAUAACACCAAAUCAAAUGCUGACAUGCCACGCGACGUUGAAGAGCAUUCUGCAGAAUUACGACAAUAAUGCACGUAACAUGCAACGUAAACGUAUGAAGAUGCGCUGCUCGAUCCGGUGGAACAGCCUCAAGCCUUCGGAGAACUUCAGUACGCACCUGUGCGUCAUCCGCGAGUGAAAACACUCCCUUCGAGUUGAGUAUAUCUCAGAAAAAACGUGAUAAAAAUACAAAAAAAAUUCAAAACACGCUAGUGAAGCAGAGACAAAAGAAAAUAUCUCAAAAAAAGUAUUUUAUUUUUUGAUGUUUAUUAUUUAUUGAAAACGAAAAAAAAAAUGAAGCCGUGUGUGAUACGCACGGACGUAUAAAUGCGAGAGUUUAGAUUUAGUGAGAGUAAGAGUAUAAAUUAUGCGAAUGUCCUACGAAUACAUUUCUGUAGUAAAUAUAUUGAUUAACGUCGUGUCGGGCCAGCGAACGAACACGGGCGACGCUCUAACGAAAAAAAAUAAUUAAUGCGCUUCAUAUUGUAUAGCAUAAACUGUCAUUUUUAUUUAGAGAUUUAUAUAUAUUUAUAUUAUUGUAAAACCAGAGCGCGUCCCCAAACGAGGUGUUCGUCGCUCGCGCCAGUUGAUUUAAUGUUAAGUACAAAAACGACAACAAAUGAAGAACGGAAUAAAAACACUUACGACUUACGACUGUUUAACGGUCCAUUAGUAUAUAUUUUUGAUGAUGAUGAACGGAUGGUGAGAACAAAUGAAGGAAAACACCAAACAAUAUCAAUUAGUAUGUAGUUUUGACGAGAAUAGAAUGAGAGGGACGAGGAUUGACUUCACAAAUGGCAUUUUUUGUUUUUUGAUCUUCUUGUUUCUACUAGUCAGGCAGUUACCAUGUACCAUGUUUGCGAAUGAACCGCUGGUUGCAACCGGUGGUAUUGUAACUUAAACAUUAGUGUCACACUCUCAUUUCCAAGGCGUUUUCUUUGAUGAAACCAUUUCCAUUCAGAGUUGGUGAAAGAUGAUGAAAUGAAAUGAUAAUAAACACAUUUUUCACAAA